CAGCAGCAAUCGCAUUCAUAAAAACAUAAUAGCAGCAAACAGCAGCAGCAAUCGCAUUCAUAAAAUCGAAAUCAUCGUUCCUGACAGAAUGGUUCCUGCAAAGCCCAAUGCCGAUGCAACCAAUGCCAAUGCAGAUGCAACCAGUGCCAGAAAGCGCGAUGCAACCAAUGCCAGGAAGCGCGAUGCAGCCAAUGCAGCCAAUGUCAAGAAGCCCAAGGAAAUGAACGAUGCAGCCAAUGCAGCCAAUGUCAAGAAGCCCAACGAAAUGAAACAAGGUAUCUUCACAGAAGUCCCACCCAGCAAGAAGUCAUCGGCCGCCUCCACCGCCACCGCCACCGCCCCCGCCGCCACCCGCAAGACCGCCCCCAUAGCCCACAAGAAGUCCGCCCCCAUAGCCCACAAGAAGUCCAAGUCAUCCACGGCCACGGCCAAGUCAUCCACGCCCAAGGCCAAGUCAUCCACGCCCACCACCACGGCCACCAAGACCAAGUCCACCACCAACAAGGCCACCAAGACCAAGUCCACCACCAACAAGAAGUCUUAG